UCCGUCAGAAACUGUUUCCAUCCCGAAGGAAGAAGGACCCAACCCACCAGUUUACAGACAUUGUCACGGGUAUAUAAGGAGACCUAAAGCCUGCUGGACAACGACAAGAUGUUGGCCCCCAGUUCUUUCCAGGCUACCACCAUCCUGGCUGGCUCAGACACCAAGCUGCCCCCACCCAUCCGUUCUCGUUACAGGAAGUUUGAUAUCUACCCUGAUGUCAAGUCAUUUAAACAUGUCGACGACCACGCCAUUGAGGUGUCACAACAUGACCAUCCAACAUUCCGUGAUCUGAUCUAUCACUUGGUAUACAGCCCAAAUUUUCAGGCCGAGUUCGACAAGGCCAGAGUUAUCUUCCGAUGGAUGACCUGCAGGAAUAUGCAUACAUUGAACUUCAAGGAUGUUCCCUAUCCUGCCAAGGGUUCACCAGAGGAGGUUCUUCUCUCCUUCAAAAACAAGAAGGGCACAUAUGCCAGGAUCUUUGAGACCAUGUGUGGGUAUGCUGGCUUGUACUGUGCUGUGCUGACUGGAUACGCCAAGGGAUUAGACUAUCACCCAGGCGAUAAGUUUAAGGGGGCCGAAUAUAACCAUAGUUGGAAUGCUUGCUUCAUUGAUGGAAAUUGGUACCUUGUCGAUUCUCACUGGGCCACACGCUAUCUCAUUUCGGAGAGAAAUGCACAAGAAAAUUUGGUCUAUGAAUAUGAUGACUUUUACUUCAUGACUGACCCAGAACAACUGAUCUACAGCCACUGGGCACAGAGGGAACGCUGGCAACUUCUUUCACAAAGCCUCACUCUGGCUCAGUUUGAGGACCUUCCCUUAGUUAAAUCAUACUUCUUUAAGUGUGGCAUGUUUUUUAUGUCACAUCAGAAAGGAGUUGUGAAUACGCAGAAUGGUAAAAUUGCCAUCACCUGCGGAUUUGUUAAGCCCACCAAUUUCACAUACAAAAUUACCAUGGCUGAAAAUGGAGAUGAAAUGUACAAUGGUCAAAAGCUGAAGAAUUAUGCUCUGCAAGAAACCCAAAACAACCAGGCUACCUUUGUCCUCCGAGCACCUAAGGCUGGUAGUUUUUACCUGACCAUCUUUGCACAGCUCCUGACAGGUGAUAUUGGCGUGAAGAAUGUCUUCACAGCAUCAGCAGAAUAUAAGGUCAUAAGUGACACUGCAGCGUUUGAUGCAAACCCUCUGCCCAACUGUUCAGACAGUAACUGGGGCCCGGGUGUACCUGUUAGCCAGCUGGGCCUUGUUCCUAGCCAGAAAGAUGCUGUCAUAUCAACCACUGACGGGAAUGUUGCCUUCAGCUUCAAAAAGACAAGGCCAACCUUUAUUCUUUGCAAACUGCGCCAUCCUGGUAUGGGCGAUGAGGCUCUAGAGAGGUGUAUUUCUGAGACUGAUAUGGGAGAUCAGAUCCAUGUCACCGCCACUUUGCCAAGACAAGGUGAAUAUGGCCUGGAAAUCUAUGGGAAUGAUCCAUCAAAGGAUGGUGACACAUACACUCACAUCUGUCAGUACUUUGUACACUAUGCACAACCAGAAGAACAAGCCACAGCUUUUUACCAGGAAGCUCCACAGAGGCGUGAAGUUCCCAACGCUCACCAAGCAACUCUGUCAUACGUCAAUCCAAACCAGCUUGCCCAGAAUGUGUCCGAUAUGAACAUGGGUGGUGGUCAGAACGAGAUUGACCUGGACAGCUUACCUGCCCCACCACCUGAACUUUUGCAACAGCAAUAUCUUUACGGCACUGUCCCCGACAGUCGUCAGCAGGGCCACUACCCCGGAAUGUCCCAAACUCAUGGUCAGGCUCAGCCUGGGGGUCAGGCUGCCUUCACUCCAGGCACUGGCAAUGUUAUUCUACCCCCAACUCAGCAAAAGGCGGUCAUCCACAUUCCCCCCAGCCAGCCAAUUGAGGUUGAGAAGCGUUCGGUCGGUCAGCAGCCACCUUCUGCACCCCAGGAGUUCAAGUUGAUCCCAGUCAAGAUGGAGACAGAAGAGGGGCCACCUCCAGCCCCUGCAGCCCCAGCGCAGCAGAAGCCAAGCCUGGAAAAUAUUGAUCGCCAGGUGUUACAUACUGUUGACGAUCACGCCAUACAGGUAUCGAAGUGUGAACAUCCAACAUUCAGAGACCUGGUGUGGGAUUUGAUCUACUCCAAGAAUAUCACAAAUGAGAUAGAAAAAGUCAGGGUGAUCUUCCGUUGGCUAGCCACCAAAAACCUGACAGAAAUAGAUUUCAGCAAUGUCGAAAAAGGAAGUCCAGAAGAGGUGUUGAUGGGUCUAAAGACUGGAAAGACAACAUAUGCCAUGGUGUUUGAUACUAUGUGCAAUUAUGCCGGUCUGCACUCAAAGAUCAUCAGCGGUUACGCCAAAGGAGCUGACUACCGCCCGGGACAGAAGUUUAUGCCGGGCUCUAAUCAGCAUUCUUGGACUGCCGUCUACAUCUACGGAACGUGGUGUUUACUUGAUGCUCAUUGGGCAGCACGGCGUAUCAUUGGUAAACAGGCCCAGGUUGAAGAGUUCCACUACCAAUUGGAUGAAUAUUUCUUCCUGCCUGACCCACAUCAGCUCAUUUAUACUCACUUCCCUGAUGACCCGAAAUGGCAAUUACUUGAUAGGCCUGUCAGUCUUGAGGAAUUUGAGAACAUGCCUCACAUGAAGCCACAGUUCUUCAAAUAUGGACUGGAGUUUGUCAGUCAUAGAACUGCUGUUAUUUACGGCAGAGGGGAAAUUAAUGUACGACUGCGCUACCCAGCACACAAGCUUGUCGUGGCCUUCAACUUCACUAUUCAAUAUGAAAACUCUGAGGAAGAGUAUCAGGGCAUGAAACUGAAUAGGUACGGCAUGCACGAAAGUGUUGGUGGAAUAGGAUCAUUCCGCCUCCGUCUGCCAGAGAGAGGCUCCUACAUUUUGUACAUAUAUGCCAAGGAGGAUACACCAGAAAACUUGGAUAAUGUUUAUGCACAGGUUUGUGAAUACAAAAUUGUGCAGGAAGAUGUUGCUUGUCCUCCUCCCCAACCUUUCCCACCAUGUGCCUCACUUCACUGGGGUCCUGGCUCUGCUUUCUUUAAAUAUGGUUUGGCAACUUACCAACAAUCUGCAAAUAUCGUCGCCAGAGAGGGCAAGGUUGAGCUGCAGAUCCGCAUCCCAAAACAGAUGCAAUUUAUGGCCAAACUCAAACACAUCUCAUGUACUGAUGAUGCUGAAUUAGAUUGUUAUGUUAUGCACAGAAUUGUGGGUAAUACCGCCCAUGUGACCUGUUCUGUCCCUACACGUGGUGAAUAUGGACUUGAAAUUUAUGGAAAUGAUCCAAGUACCGAAGGUAAAACCCUGUUCCACAUUGCACAGUUUCUAGUAGAAUGUCACGAAGAUGUCAAAACUACACCCCUACCCAAACUACCACCUGGCUACCUGGGCGCCCAAAGUAAGUUCAGUGAGUAUGGAUUAAACACUCUGAGCCAUCAUGACCCUGUACUCCUCCUUGAGGUCAACCACGUAAAGAUCCAGUUUACACGAACAGAUCCAAUGCGUGUCACUGCUAACUUGAUCAGCGUUGAUCAGGAUAAGGACUUCCCAGACUUUGUGUUCACCCAGACGCAAUCCAAUGUGAUAAGCUUCCUGGUCACCAUCCCCACGACUGGCUUCUAUAAGCUGCAGCUGUAUGCCAUCCCAGUAAAGGACCCCAGCCAGCAACUGCCAGGUGUGUACAAUUACCUCCUCAAUUGUCAGAAUGCUCCGAAGGCGGUACAUCCUUUCCCCAAACAGUAUGCCCAGUGGAAAGAGGGUUGCUACAUGUGGACACCUACACGCCUACACAAGGAUAUGCUCAAUGGUCCAGAACGUGUUGCUAAUUUCCGUGUCUGCAUUCCAAAUGCUCAGGCAGCGGCUAUUGUUGUGGAUAGCGACUGGACACACCUAACCAGCAGCCAGCCAGGAAUCUGGGAGGGAGACGUCAGUUUUAAAAACCAUGUCAACAAAUCGGUCAAGGUCACUUUGAAUGCAAAUUAUGGAGAUGACCGUACAAGUUACGCAACGCUUUUAGAAUACAAUAUUGACGUAUAGACUUGCUUUUUAUUUCACGCAUUGUAUGUAGGAAUAUAAAAGAAUACUACCUGAUGCAGAACCAUUCACACUGUGCUUGCUUGGUUAACUUCAUCUGCCUUACUAUAACAUACAUUUGGACUUAAUUAUGACUACCAAUAAACUUAAUAUUGCCAAUGACAUCCUGCUAUGACAAGAAGAAUUUUUUUACCUCCAUCAGACUUUGUGAGAAAAAAAUCUCCUUUACUUAAAACGUUGUAUAUGCAGAUCUCAUUUCUUGAAUUGAAGAAGAUGGUGAUAAAAUGUUUUUGAAGGUAUAAAGGAUCUGUUGUAUUGUGAGUGUUUUCAAUUUAAUGUGUUUCGAAGAAAUGGACUGGCUACUGUUCUAACCAAGGAUGCAAAUUUAAAAGAUGAAAGAAGCUGGAUUUCAUAUGUAUUAUGUCUGUAUGAUAUUACAAGGUAAAAAACAACAAUUAUUGAGAACCAAUGUUUCAAUACCUUGUUUAUCGGUCAGGAAUUUUUUUAUCUUGAUACUUUCAGUAUCUACUGUGAAACAGAAUUUGUAGUGUUUUCAUUUUUUUUUCUCUCUCUUUUGUGGGAAAAGUGGACUAAAUAAAAAUUUUACUGAUAAUUCUUCGUAAUAUGAAGUCUUCAAAGAAGAUGUUUAUUAAGAGGUUUUCUUUGUGAUGACUACAAAUUAUUUGAAAAUCCAUUUAAUUAGCUACUUCAUAAUUCCUUGACAUGUAAACUUUUUAUACAGCUGAUUGUUCUAGAACUGAUGAUCAUGUAUCUACAACCUCUGUAAUCAUCACCUGUUCUAAAAGGACUUAUUUGAUUAAUUUCGAAACAAAAUAUUCAAGGUAAUUGGAAAAAAAAUAUGUUUGUGCUUUAUGGUUCCUGUUUGAAAUAUGACAUAUUUAGAUGCAAAAUAAUGCUAUAUUUUUUAAGAAAAGCAACAUUAAAUAGAAUUCUAGUCUUUAAGUUUUCAGUAAGAAUUUGAAGUUAGAUUUUAUAUUUGGUUAUAUAUCAACUCCUGCCAUUACUCUGGUUGUAGUGCGCAAUGACACCAAGUGCUCAUACGACAAAACUUUAAUAUAUAUGUGUAUGUAUUAUGUAUUAUAUAAAUUUUGGUCAAGGGCUAAAAUCUUGUCAUGAAAUUGCAUAUUGUUCAUUAGUAUUUUUCAUUUCAAUUUGUUCAAUUUACUCCAUAAUAAAAAGAAAGUGUAAAUUUGAAACUUAAAACCUUAGGGAUUUUUUGUAUCUUUUUACACAUGCUGGACAUGGUGAUGAUUCGUCUCUUGGAAGAUAAAUGUGUUUUCGUGGUCAAUCUUAAUGCUGCAGAUUUCUGUGACUUUAAUGGUUAUCACAAACAUCAAACAACAUUUAGAGUCACGUAAUAAUGAUGAAGAUAGUCAGUGAAAAAGCCAGGAAAAUUUGUAUUUUUAUUUGGGAAAAAAUAAAAUACUAAUCAGAUAGUGAAUGCUAAUCUAUGUACACCUAAAGCCAGCAGACCUUUAACUUCAAUAAAGACGAAAUGGUUAUUCUAUGAAAAAUCAUUUUGCAAAAGUUGAUGUUGUAUCAUGGUGCAGUGCAUUGGUUUUUGUUAAAGAAAAUAUUCUUCUUAUAUUGGAGUAAAUUAUUUGUUAGUACAUUUAUGUAUUAUUUUGCUUGCUCAUAUGAUUUCAAAUUUUUAUUACUUUUUGUAUUGUUAAAGUUUUUGUAGAAGGCUUUUUGGUUGAUGAUGUAGAAAUCUGAACGUGUAAGUUCUCUGAUUUAAAUUUCAGGUAGAAACUAAAGAUUUGCUACUUUUCUUUCACAUAAAAGUGUUUAUCAUGUGUAUCCUCAAAGAAACCCCAUUCCCUUGUGUUAAAGUUAAGUAUUUAAAGUAUGUGGAGGGCUUAGAAUUGUGAAUUACGUACAGCUUACUAUUUCGAAAUUGCUUAUUCUGCAAAAAUGAAUAAGGGAACCUUAUUGUAGGCAGGGGCUUGUUUACAGAUAAAUACAGUAACAUUUUAUUUUUAUUUAUAGAUUUAGAACAAAAACUGUUAUGUAAUUUACAGAACUGGUGAUGUGGUGAAUAGUGAUAAAAAUUAAGAUACAUCGACAUUUUUAUUCUUAUUUGGCUAGAAAUGAGAAGGAAAGUGGCAAAACUAGUUGGAUUCCUGAUAAGUGUUGUAGUUUUAUCACUCCAAUAUUCUUCUCAUUUAUAUCAUGCUAUCUAAAACGUAUUGAAGCAAUUUUAGUAAGAUGUUGUAAUUUCUGCCUUUAAAGUUAAUUAUUGAAAUUGGAUCUUCAGACUCCUGUCUGAUUUCAAUAAGCUAUCCAGAUUUUUUUUGUCCAGUACUGUAAAUUCAGAUAUUUUUGUUGUGCUCAAAUUCCCUGGUUUUCCAUAAAAAACAUCUUCAUGGACUUUUGAUUUUGUAGAUAAAUUGUAAUUAUAAAGUCCGUUUGUGGUGAGAUAAUAUAAAUGUAUUCUAAACUGUUUAUUUUUUUUUUUUAUUUGUACUCAGGAAAUCAACGAAAAAAAAAACACCACAAAAAUGAAUGACUUUACAGUAUGGCAGUUACUAUAUAAUAUUGCAGCAAAUUUUCAGUUAGUGAAACAAAUUGAUUCCUUUCACUUCCUUCAGGACCAAAUACAUUAUACUACUGUUUUGAAUUGUGAUUCUGAAAUAUGUUAUGACUAGUUGUAAAUUUUGUCACUUUUUUUUAUAUGAGCAGUCUUUCACGAUUACAGUCAUACAUGUAUAAACUUUCUUCCUUCUUGUUUUCCAUGCUGUUGAGUAUAUUAACCAGUUGUGCUUAGUGUAUAUUGUUCCAGUCGGGUAAGUGAAAGGUUGGCUUCCAUAUUUAGACGUCCAUUAUUAAUUUUCUGACACAAUGUGCCUCUUCAUGUUACUCCAAUAAACAUUUAACAAAUUUAUUGAAAUUAAUUUUAAAACUCCCUUUAACAAAGACCCAUUACUUCUUUUUUGCUGCACUUUAAAACUUGAGGCUAUACUGCUACACCAGCAGGCAGAAUAUUCUGCAUGCACGUAUUUUGAUGUGGAAGAAAAACUGAUAGAUGUCAAGAAUUUUUGAUGUAUUUUGAAUUUCAAAGUCAUGUACUCAUUGUUAAUAUCAUAGUUUAAAUUUUUACAAAGUACAGUCAAACCUCAUUAUAUCAAACUCGGCGGAACCAUUGGAAAAUUUUGAGAUAAUCAAGUUUUUGAUUUAUGUGAGUUUAAAUGUUUUGUGUAAAGUUAGGCAGGGACUGGCGAAAGACUUUGAAUAAACCAUGUCUUCGGGUUAUACAGGUUUGAGAUAACGAGGUUUGACUACUAGUAAUUUUCUGCUUUCUAUAAUGACAUUUAUCAAGCAGCAAGACAAUAUAGUUAUGAAAUUAUGAAUAAGAAAAUAAAAGAAAAGGAAAAAAUCUAAAAAAAAACUUGAUAAUGUCAAGUGGCUUUUUAUGUUAUAUCCUGGUUUCAGUUCUGGCGCUCAAUUUUCAUUUUAUUGCCCUUUGUUGUAUAAGAAGGGGAAUAACUCUUACCAUGUUUUCUCUGAGACUGUAAGACACUAAUACAUAACAAACACACACUAGUUUGCCUUUAUAUUAUAUAAUAUAUAUUCAUGUUAGAUAUUGUUCAAAUUCAAUUUUUAUGCUUUUUACUUAUAGUUGUUACACAAUGUAGAUUACAAAUAAAAGCUAUGCUUCUAACA